AACCCGUCUUUGCGCAUACCCAAUAUAACCAUGGAAACGUGCUCGCCAACUGAUCCAGUGUAAUACAGAUAACUUUAAUAACUGCGACUUCAACUGAAUUGAGCAAACGAGAUUAAAUACGAAAACGAGAUGGUAAACGAAUUGUUCGUGUACGUCACAGGACAAAAAUACUGUUUUUCCAUUGAAGAUAUUUCAGAGGGACAUUGUGAAAAAAUCAGGGACUUGGUGCGAGAAUGCCCAAGCCAAAGAAUCAUCAUAAAUCGACCGAAAAAAGCCUUCGAGGCUAUUUUGGAUUUUCAUUUGACGGGGAUUCUUCAUAUGCCGAUUUCUACUUGCCCAGAAGAGUUCAAAGAGGAACUAGAUUUCUGGGAGAUUUCUCACAAAAAAAUGGAGCGCUGUUGUUUGAACCGCUUGGCUAGUCACUAUAGGGAAAAGGCCUUAUUGAAGGACUACAAGAAUUCUGGUACAUGUAUGCCCGAGAAAUAUGAAUCCUAUCCAAAAAGUUCUCCUAGGAAGAUUUUUCAAAAAGUCUGGAACAUCUUGAACUAUCACGAUGAUUGUCUUGUUGCUAAGAUCUAUUUCUUCGUGUCUACGAGUUUCAUUUUACUGUCGAUCUUCGGAGUUGCCAUUAGCACGUUACCUGAAUUCCGAGUAAAAGAGGCUCCACCUGAGGCAGUACCCACGGCUUCUCCUCCCCCUGACUACUGCAAGCUUCUGUACGACAAACUCACAUCCUCAAAAAGUUUGGCAGUAAGUCUGAACAAGUCUAUUGAACGCGAUGGUUCGGAUUUUAUGACUAGUAUUUUUCCAGAAUCCGUGCACAAGAAGAUCCCCUCUUUGCAGCAGACAAUUGACCAAGGAACGACCGUGUUCUUCUACAUAGAAAUCGCCACCACCAUUUUCUUCACCGCUGAGCAGGUGAUGCGAAUUCUUACCUGCCCUGCAUUACUCGCGUACACGUGUGGCUUGAUGAAUAUUGUUGAAAUUCUGCUUCUUUUGGCCAGCUAUUGUCGUUUCGUUCUCCACUUCUUGGAAAUAGAUUAUAAUGGAACCGCUUGGUCCUUAUUAUUGUACGUUCAAAUGUUUCGUGUUCUCAGAAUUGUCCGAGUUAUGCGUCACGUGCUUGCCUUUAAAGUCCUAAACUACUCAGUCAAGGUUGGAAAGAAGGACCUCUGCAUCAUUAUCAUGUACAUUUUCAUUGGUCUGAUGAUUUUCUCUAACCUUGUUUUCUUUUUUGAACUAUCAGAAGAUUUUCGAAGCAUACCGGACGCCUGGUGGUGGACAUUGAUCACCAUGACAACGGUGGGGUACGGUGAUAUGAUUCCAAAGACAAUAGCAGGAAAAUUGUUGGGUUGUGUUUGUGCUGUAUCAGGGGUCAUCAUGCUGUCGCUCGUGAUACCCAUUUUUGUGAAUACCUUUUUAUUCUUGUACCAGUUUGCAGAACUUGAAUCCGUGACCAUUCCAGCCCCAAAGAAACCAAGCGAACUCAAACGAAAAGUCACUUCCGAUGACACAGAGGUAACGUUUUCUUCAGAAUGAUCUUAAAAGGCCGCGGAGCAAAAUAAAGCAAAAUACUUUUUCGUGAUCAUCGAGGAAUUUUAAUCAUGUUUUUAAUGUAUAUACUUACGUGAUUUUUGACUCAUAUAGUUUCAUCGUGUAUUUUAUGGUUAUUUUUGGAUCUGCAAUUGUAUAUAGAUGCCUUUGGUAUG